UAGCGUAGCAAGACUAAACUCUCUUCCGCCAUUUCUGUCUGACUAUCAGUUUAUGAUAACUCAAAGCCAGUAGUAACCACCGCAGUUAGAAUCUAACAGAAUUUCAGUCAUCACCACCAAAAACGACACGGUCGUUCACCCCGCAUGCUCUCUUCCCUUCUCUUUAAUCUACCAUUUCAGCAAAUUCCCUUGAACUCACACCGGAAAACCCUAAAACCCUCACUUUCCCCUUCCUCCUCCACUGCAAUGAAGGACCGGUCGCCUUCUUCGUACGGCGCCGUUUAUGUCCCUCCUCACCAGCGUCUCCGUUCCAUCAUCACCGUGCAGAAUUAUAGCUCCGCCUCUUCUGCUUCUCCAAUCGAGUGUAAAGUUCCUGAUAAUCAGACCGCUGCUGCUUUAAACCCUAUAAAGAGCUCUCCUGCACCUCACUUUCAACAACAGCAGCAACAGCAGCAGCAGCGGAGGAAUGGCUUUGGUGAUAGUAAUCAUUUUAACAACAACAAUGAUAAUGUUAAUAACAACAGCAACAAUAAUAACCAUAAGUUCAUUUCUGCCUACGACGAUGGAGUCUCUGAGGAAGGAUCCGAUCGUGAGAUAGAGUCCUUGAUGGUUCCACCUGGUGCUUCCUUUUCAGAUAACAUUGAGGAGUGGAAACGGAAGUUAACCAUGCUUUUGCGAGACAAGGAGAAGCAAGAGUUGGUCUCAAGGGAAAAGAAAGACAGACAUGAUUUUGAACAAAUAGCAGCUUUGGCAAGUAGAAUGGGUUUGUAUAGCCAUCUGUAUGUGAAAGUUGUUGUAUUUAGUAAGGUCCCCUUGCCAAACUACAGAUUUGAUUUGGAUGAUAAGCGUCCACAGAGGGAGGUGAGCUUACCUCUUGGUUUGCUAAGAAGAGUUGAUGCUUAUCUUGGAGAACACCUCUUUCAGAAGUCCAAGACGAAGGAAAGCUUUCCAGACUUUUCCAUUUCUAGAUCAAGCAGCAGUAGUAGUCUAGCUACUGAUGAAGGGCUUUUUGAGCAGCCGGAACCAUUGGCUUCCAGUAAGGCUGUCAUGGAGAAAAUUCUAUUUCGGAGAAGUUUGCAACUGCGCGAUCAGCUACAGGCGUGGCAGGAUUCUCUAGAAGGCAGAAAAAUGCUGGAAUUUCGGAAAAGUUUACCUGCUUAUAGAGAGAAGGAUGCAAUAUUGACAACUGUUUCACAAAAUCAGGUGGUUAUUAUCUCAGGUGAAACAGGCUGUGGCAAGACCACACAAAUUCCCCAGUUCAUAUUAGAAUCUGAGAUAGAAUCUGGCCGAGGAGCUGUUUGUAAUAUAAUAUGUACUCAGCCAAGACGAAUAUCUGCCAUGUCUGUUUCUGAAAGAGUUGCUUCAGAAAGGGGAGAGAAAUUAGGCGAAUGUGUUGGAUAUAAGGUUCGGCUUGAAGGUAUAAAAGGAAGAGAUACUCACCUUCUCUUUUGCACCACGGGCAUCUUAUUGAGAAGAUUGCUUUGUGAUAGAAAUUUAAAGGGCAUAACUCAUGUUAUUGUGGAUGAGAUUCACGAACGUGGAAUGAAUGAGGACUUUCUGCUCAUUGUCCUUAAAGAUCUCCUUCCUCGUAGACCAGAACUUAGGCUGAUUCUGAUGAGUGCGACCCUUGAUGCAGAACUUUUCUCAUCCUACUUUGAUGGAGCUCCUAUACUUCGCAUUCCAGGUUUUGCAUACCCAGUGCAAACUCAUUUUCUGGAAAAUAUCCUGGAAAUGACUGGUUACAGAUUAACCUUAUACAAUCAAAUUGACGAUUAUGGCCAAGAAAAGAUGUGGAGAACAAGUAAACAAGCUCCAAGAAAGAGGAAGAGCCAAAUUGCUUCUGCUGUAGAGGAUGCACUAAGAGCUGCCGAUUUCAAGGAGUAUAGUCCCCAGACUCGGGAAUCUUUGUCAUGUUGGAAUCCUGAUUGCAUUGGGUUCAAUCUCAUUGAAUACCUUUUGUGUUAUAUAUGUGAAAAUGAGAAGCCUGGUGCUGUUCUAGUUUUUAUGACUGGCUGGGAUGACAUAAGCUCUCUGAAGGAUAAGCUCUCGUCUCAUCCUAUUUUAGGAGAUCCAAGCCGAGUUUUGUUGCUUGCUUGCCACGGUUCUAUGGCUAGCUCGGAGCAGAAAUUAAUAUUUGAUGAUCCCAAAGAAGGAGUGAGGAAAAUAGUGCUAGCUACCAAUAUUGCUGAGACAAGUAUCACAAUCAAUGAUGUUGUUUUUGUACUCGAUUGUGGAAAGGCAAAGGAGACCUCGUAUGAUGCACUGAAUAACACUCCUUGUCUGCUUCCUUCCUGGAUUUCUAAGGUUUCUGCUCAACAAAGAAGAGGAAGGGCUGGCCGUGUUCAACCAGGACAAUGUUACCAUCUCUAUCCUAGAUGCGUAUAUGAAGCCUUUGCAGAGUAUCAAUUGCCAGAAAUUUUGAGGACACCAUUGCAGUCUCUUUGUCUGCAAAUCAAGAGUUUGAAACUUGGAAGUAUCUCUGAGUUUCUCUCCAGGGCUUUGCAGUCACCUGAAUUCUUGGCGGUUCAAAAUGCCAUUGAAUACUUAAAAAUCAUAGGGGCCUUGGAUGAGAAGGAAAAUUUGACUGUUCUAGGAAGGUAUUUGACCGUGCUUCCCGUGGAGCCUAAACUUGGCAAGAUGCUCAUAUUAGGUUCUAUCUUCAAUUGCCUGGAUCCAAUAUUAACUAUUGUGGCUGGCCUUAGUGUUAGGGAUCCUUUCUUGACGCCGCUGGAUAAGAAGGAUCUUGCAGAGGCUGCUAAAUCUCAAUUUUCCCGUGACUAUAGUGACCAUCUUGCCCUUGUCCAGGCCUAUGAGGGCUGGAAAGAUGCCGAAAGAGAUUUUGCAGGGUAUGACUAUUGCUGGAAAAAUUUUAUUUCAGUACAAUCUAUGAAAGCUAUUGAUUCUCUUCGGAAAGAGUUCUUCUCCUUGCUCAAGGAUGCUGGACUGGUUGAUAGCAACACAACCACUUACAACUCAUGGAGCUAUGAAGAGCGCCUCAUCCGAGCGGUUAUUUGCUAUGGACUCUAUCCAGGAAUUGCCUCUGUCGUGCAUAACGAAAAGUCAUUCUCUCUCAAAACUAUGGAGGAUGGGCAAGUGCUUCUAUAUUCUAACUCGGUGAAUGCUCGUGAAUCUAAAAUUCCUUAUCCAUGGCUGGUUUUCAAUGAGAAGAUAAAGGUUAAUGCUGUUUUCCUUCGGGAUUCAACAGCUGUUUCUGAUUCAGUAUUGCUUCUGUUUGGUGGGAGCAUUUCCAAGGGGGACACUGAUGGACAUUUGAAGAUGCUGGGAGGAUAUUUGGAAUUCUUCAUGAAACCUGAUGUAGCUGAAAUUUAUCAAAGUUUGAGGAGAGAACUAGACGAGUUUAUUCAGACCAAACUUCUGAAUCCCAGGAUGGCCAUACAUACAUAUCAUGAGCUUCUGUCUGCCAUACGCUUACUGGUCUCAGAGGAUCAAUGUGAUGGCAAAUUUGUAUUUGGUCAUCAAGUUCUCAAGCCCUCAAAGGUAUCUGUUAUGGCAACGCAACCAAACUUAGUGUCAAGGACUGAAAGUGGACCUGGAGGUGACAAUUCUAAGAGUCAGCUACAAACAUUGCUAACCAGAGCAGGGUAUGCUGCACCGUUGUACAAGACGAAACAGUUAAAGAACAACCAAUUUCGAGCUACUGUGGAGUUCAAUGGAAUGCAAAUUAUGGGGCAGCCAUGCAACAACAAGAAGAGUGCAGAGAAAGAUGCAGCAGCUGAGGCCCUGCAGUAUCUGAUGGCUGGGACCCAGACAGGCCAAGAAUACAUCAAUCACGUGUCAAUGUUGCUAAAGAAAAGCAAGAAGGAUCAUUACUGACCUAGCAUCAUCAAGCUUCCCAUAGGCAGCUUUUUUUGAAUGCAACAAGCGCGUGUGCAGAGCCAUGCCUGAGAAUGCUAAAAUAUGGUCUCACUGAUAUGCAGGUCUGGAUCUCCUCACUCGUUAAAGCGGAAACAGACAGUGGAAUUGCAGUGUUGCUUUAUGAAGCUUAACAUUAGCUUGAUAUUUGGACAUGGCCGUUGAGAAAUAUAGCAACCUGGCGCCAGACUCACAUGCGCAUGCUGGUAACUUGAAAACCAAUUUGGAUAGUUAGAUGGGUUUUAGACAAGGAAUUUAGCCAAUUGGAAGAGUUACCGUUGAAAGGAUUGGUUGUCAUUUUGUGGUUGCAUGAUUGAUGUUUUUGGGCAAUGUGUUUAUCUCAAGUAGAUUAACUGAGUGGCUGAAUAUUAUUGGUGGAAGUAUAUAGGCUGAUUUUAGAGAGGAACAUGACUAAGUUUAACCCUUCUGAGUUUAAUAGAGCUAUUCUUUUUCUUUUUUAUUUUUUCUAAAGUUGAUUCUUGUAUAUUAUUAUGAUACUUUAAAGACCGCAGAGGCUUGUAUAUUGUAAUGGUUGAACUCCGAAUGCAGCACAGCAUGUAGCUUUUUUCUUCUUAUUAUCAGAAGCUCCAGUGCAGUUUCUUUUUUCGUUA